CGUCGCACUCUUCAGUCUCUCCAGCCCUAAUUUUUAGUCUGGUGGUGUGCCGUAGAAACGAAAACGUAAAAUUCAAUCCGAGAAGAAACCGCGCCGGGAAAAGAAAGAAGAAUGUCGACCGAAGAGGAGAGCGCAGUGAAGGAGCCAUUGGAUCUCAUCAGACUCAGUCUCGACGAACGCAUCUACGUCAAGCUCCGUUCGGACCGGGAACUCCGCGGCAAGCUUCAUGCAUAUGACCAGCAUUUGAAUAUGAUUCUUGGGGAUGUGGAAGAAACUGUCACCACAGUAGAGAUCGAUGAUGAGACUUACGAAGAGAUUGUCAGGCACACAAAGCGCACAGUACCUUUUCUGUUUGUCAGGGGAGAUGGUGUCAUAUUGGUUUCUCCACCAUUGAGGACAACCUGAUGAUCUGCAAGAGAUGAAAUUGCGAAGUGCAGUUGGUGACUUCAACUUUUAGGAAUGCGCUCUCAUUUACUGUAAUAUUUUCUUGUGUACUUGCUCAAGCUAAUGGUGAUCAACUGAUGAUUGUCAGGCAGCAUAUUAUGGAACUGCGAUGAUCAUGUUCUGAUCACCGUGUAAUUACUCUUAAGCACCGAGGUUUUAUAAUUUGGUGGAAGUGGCUGCCCAUGUUCUAGCAUUAUGUUGUUUCUUCCAGAACUUCGUCUUGUUUCGGAAUUAGUAAUUUGAUUUUGCUGAGAGUAUAAAGAUGAAACUUGACUAGAAAUGG